AUGAGCGAGCCAACCGCGCAGCAGCGUCUUGCCAGAAUCAACAUUGGCGGCACUGCGCGCGAACCCUCGGAUUCCAUCUCAUCUGCUUCUAAAACUGACAAUGGCCCCAGGGGAGAUUUCGGCCUCAUCGGCUUGGCUGUUAUGGGCCAGAACCUUAUCCUUAACGCUGCGGAUCACGGAUACAAUGUCAUCGCUUUCAACCGAACUGUUAGCAAGGUUGACCACUUCAUCGCCAACGAGGCAAAGGGAAAAUCCGUCGAAGGUGCCAAGUCAAUCGAAGAAUUCGUCAGCAAGCUCAAGAAACCCCGCCGUAUGAUGCUCCUCGUCAUGGCGGGUAAGCCCGUCGACGACUUCAUCGAGACUCUCCUCCCCUUCGUCGAGAAGGGUGAUAUCAUCAUCGAUGGCGGCAACUCACAUUUCCCCGAUACCAACCGUCGAACAAAGUACUUGGCUGGUAAGGGUAUCCGAUUUGUCGGUACAGGUGUUUCCGGUGGUGAGGAGGGUGCCAGAUACGGCCCUUCCCUCAUGCCCGGUGGAAACGAGGAGGCUUGGCCAUUCAUCAAGAACAUCUUCCAGGAUAUUGCUGCCAAGAGUGAUGGUGAGCCUUGCUGCGAAUGGGUUGGUGAUGAAGGUGCUGGUCACUACGUCAAGAUGGUGCACAACGGUAUUGAGUACGGUGACAUGCAAUUGAUUUGCGAGGCCUACGAUAUCAUGAAGCGCGGUCUGGGCAUGAAGGACAAGGAGAUUGGUGAUGUCUUGACAACAUGGAACAAGGGCGUUCUUGACUCUUUCCUCAUCGAAAUCACCCGCGACAUCAUGUACUUCAACGAUGAUGACGGAACUCCUCUCCUCGAGAAGAUUCUUGAUUCUGCAGGACAAAAGGGAACUGGAAAGUGGACAGCUAUCAACGCUCUCGACCUCGGAAUGCCCGUCACUUUGAUUGCCGAAUCCGUUCUCGCUCGUUGUCUCUCCUCCAUCAAGGCCGAGCGUACUGAUGCUUCCAAGGUUCUUUCUUUCGUUGGCCGAUCCACCAAGUUUGAAGGCAACAAGGAGCAGUUCCUCGAGGAUUUGGAGCAGGCCUUGUAUGCAUCAAAGAUCAUUUCAUACUCCCAAGGUUUCAUGCUUAUGCAAGAGGCUGCCAAGGAGUUCAAGUGGAAGCUUAACAAGCCAUCCAUCGCCCUCAUGUGGCGUGGAGGCUGCAUUAUCCGCUCUGUUUUCCUCAAGGACAUCACAGCUGCUUACCGCGAAAAUGAUGACCUCCAGAACCUCCUCUUCAGUGACUUCUUCAACAAGGCCAUCCACAAGGCGCAGCCAGGAUGGAGAGACGUUGUUUCCAAGGCCGCUCUACUCGGUAUUCCAACCCCUGCCUUCUCUACCGCUCUGAGCUGGUUCGAUGGUUACCGUACCAAGGACUUGCCCGCCAACCUCCUACAAGCCCAGAGAGAUUACUUCGGUGCCCACACCUUCAAGAUCAAGCCUGAAUUUGCCAACGCCAAGUACAAGGAGGGUGAGAACAUUCACGUCAACUGGACCGGGAGAGGUGGUAAUGUUAGUGCGUCGACUUACCAGGCAUAA